AUGCUAGAUGCCCCGAUUGGAGACAUCCAAUUUUCUUAUAACACUGACAUCCAGCUUCAACGAGCUUCAACCAGCUCUCGAACUAUUGCAUCUAACCUUGUCACUGAUCAACGAAUGCUUGUGGAACCCAUUGACAGAUCAAAUAGAGCUCAUUUGCAAUGCGACGUCACUAACCGAGGUUCAACCCACUCAAACCUUCCCCCAGUGGCAUCCAGCCCUCUUACAAUGGCAUCCAGCCAUCUCACGUGGGCAUCCAGCCAUCUCAAAUUGGCCUCCAGCCUUCCCCCAGUGGCAUCCAGCCCUCUUACAGUGGCAUCCAGCCCUCUUACAGUGGCAUCCAGCCAUCUCACAUUGGCAUCCAGCCAUCUCACAUUGGCAUCCAGCCAUCUCACAUUGGCAUCCAGCCAUCUCACAUUGGCAUCCAGCCAUCUCACAUUGGCAUCCAGCCAUCUCACAUUGGCAUCCAGCCAUCUCACAUUGGCAUCCAGCCAUCUCACAUUGGCAUCCAGCCAUCUCACAUUGGCAUCCAGCCAUCUCACAUUGGCAUCCAGCCAUCUCACAUUGGCAUCCAGCCAUCUCACAUUGGCAUCCAGCCAUCUCACAUUGGCAUCCAGCCAUCUCACAUUGGCAUCCAGCCAUCUCACAUUGGCAUCCAGCCUUCCCUUAAUGGCAU